AAGCAGAUCAAAUAGUAAAAAAAUUACCAAUUGUUCUGCCAAAACAUCCCGACCAUAUAUAUACUAGCAAAAUUAUCAAUACACAAAGAAUAUUAAAUGCUAUUAAUGCUUUUAAAGAACCUUUAUUAGAUAAAUCUGUUAAUUUUGUUGAAUAA